ACAGAUUUAUCAUUUCCCUUAUUGUGAACGUUUUUAUUUGUGCAUAAAAAUUCACUCAGUGGUCAUGGUGCCACAAAGAUGAGCAGUCCCUUUCUAAGCAGCCAUUUGUGUGCAAGGAAUGAGGACUUCAUGGUAUGUUACAACAUUAUUGCGUUUAUUAUUAUGCCACCAACCAUAGAAUACAAAUUUAUGCUACUAUAUUAUGCUUCUCUUUUUCUUCAAAGAAAAAGGUUAAAGUAUGUGUGCGCGCGCGCGCGCCUAAUCCACUGAAAUAUGGAGUGGUAUAAUAACUAGUAAUUAAGUCUAAAUGCUUGUUAUUAGAAAACAACAGAGAUUUUUCCCUUCCUAUUAUUUUUCCCUUUUAUCGAACAUGUCUCCAAUAUUGGAGCUAUAGAAACCUAAAAGCCCCACACCGCACACACACUGCAGGAUUAGAAGUGGUAUAGUUGGUAUUACAAAGUUACACUAAGAAAGGAAAAACAUUUGCAAAUUUCAAGUACUAGUUUUCAUAAUUAUAACUUCAAUUAUCUUUAGUUGUUCUUUUUGUACUACAACGAAUUUUGUGGGUUGGUUCUGCGGUGAGGAUUUUUAUGCUUUGAAGUUAAUCUAUGGUAUAAUUAUUCAUAAUUCUUCCCCAUUCUUCAUAUACAUAAAGUAUUGCAUGAAAAUAUGUACCUUCAAUAACUCUCCUUCUCAAUUGUCAAACCCUAGCUGAAGGUUACAAAAAGAUGGUGUCAUACGCAUGUCUCAAAAAUGGAGCCAUGUGUCAAUAUUUUUUAUUAUUUUCGGAGCAUUUUAGAAUCAUUCUUCAACUGCUCCUGCAUCUUAUAAUAUUGUAGAAAUUCUACAAAUUAAAGUCAGUCAACCUGUAGAAUUUAAUAAAUCAGCAAUAUUUGAUCAAUAGCAUGCCUGUGGUAUUGCUACAAUUUUUCCCUUAGAUAACAUUUGAUCAACCAAUUACAGCAAUUUUGGUACUUCAAAUUUUUGAACUAAUUAAUUACUUGUUCUUAUCUCUCUUUUUAAUGUAGUUUACCCUUCCCCCUUGUCACUUCUUACAACCAAAUGAAACCUACUAUGUUUCACACAAUGAGGACUGCUAGUACUGCUCAUCAAACCCUUAACUACUUAGAAUUAAUUAAACUGCUCCUCAAACUAAUAUUUUACGGAUGCCCAUUGAUUGUGCUGGUGAUCUAUAGAAUUCCAUGUAAUAUUCAGAGUAGCAGCAAUCACAUCCAGAGGCUGAUGCUCAUGUCCACUUUCAUGGAUGCAUCAUAGAAAGAUUAUUACAAAAUAUAUAUGUCUAUGUAUGCAUUCCUUCAAAACCAUUCAAUAGAUUAUAUAACACAGGGACUCUGGCAUCUUGAAAUGGCUGUAAAACCUUAUGCCUACAAACUAAAACCAUUCACUACUCUGUCUUUCAUCUUCUUCUCUCUAAUCCUCCUAAUUCUAAUACGGCCAUUCUUGCCAAACCCUCGUCCAAUUAAUGAACUAAACCGCCUUCAGAAUGACUACUACAAGGCGAUGUUUCAUCAAAGAGCAAGAAAUCCCAGAUGGUACAAUGUGCUUGCUCAAGCAGCCAACCGGAGGGAGUUCAAGGUUGGUCUGGUUAACAUGGAUGACGAAGGUGGUCAAAAUAAUGUACUGCAUGGAUUAGCAGAGAUGGUCUCUGUAGUUUUUGAUCGUGCAGGUGAGGAUCAUCGGUGGGAAGACUUCUUCCCUGAAUGGAUCGAUGAAGAGGAGAAGUGGGGCCUACCAUUGUGUCCCAAGAUCCCGAUGCCACGGUUCGAAGACUACAAUGAGCUCGACGUGGUUGUAGCUAGGGUUCCUUGUGGAGGAGUGAAGGAAGGUGUUAGGGAUGUUUUUAGGUUACAAGUUAACCUAAUUGUUGCUAAUCUUUUGGCGAGGAAUGGGUGGAGGAAUCUCAAGGUUGAUCGGACAGUUUACGCCGUGUUUAUCGGGUCCUGUGGGCCCAUGUGGGACAUCUUUAGAUGUGAUGAUCUCUUGUGGCAUCAAGGUGAUCAUUGGGUUUACCAGCCUGAUUUAGAAAGAUUAAAAGAGAAGGUGCUCAUGCCUGUUGGUUCUUGCCAACUUGCUUCUUCUCAUGCAGGUCUCCGAGCAGCAGGAUGGAAGGUGAAGUGUAUUAAACGCAUACAAAGCCCCCAUGCAGUAAAAGAUGCUUACAACGAAUGGAACUACAGCAAGCUUAGGAUUUGGGAGUUGACAGAGUACGAUAAACUAAUCUUCAUAGACUCUGAUAUUGUAGUCCUCAAGAACAUUGAUGAAUUCUUUGGUUACCCACAAUUAUCGGCUGCUGGGAAUGACAAGUUUCUGUUCAACUCGGGGGUGAUGUUGGUGGAGCCAUCCAAGUGCACAUUCAAAACUCUAAUGGAGAAUAGGUACAAAGUGAAUUCCUACAACGGGGGUGAUCAAGGUUUUCUUAACGAAAUGUUUACGUGGUGGCACCGGUGGCCUUCAAGGCUAAAUCGGCUGAAGAUAUUUAGAGGGGAAGAAUACAAGAAAGAGCAUGAGAUGCUGGGGAAUCUCUAUACCAUACAUUACUUGGGUUUGAAGCCGUGGGCAUGCUAUAUGGACUAUGAUUGUAACUGGGAUAAAUUGGAUCAUCAUCGUUUUGCUAGCGAUGCUGCUCAUUUUAGGUGGUGGCAAGUUUAUAAAGCCAUGCCAAAGAGGCUGCAAUCUUAUUGCGCAUUAACUGAAAGCAUGGAAGCUAGGAUACGAAAGUGGAGAGGGAUAGCUAAGGAUGCUAAUAUGCCUGAUGGGCAUUGGAAGAUCAAAAUAGAAGAUCCUAGGCAACAUCAUUCUUGACGU